AUGGGUACCGGCAAGAAGGAGAAGAACCGUCUUGUCCGCCAGGGCAAGACGGGCACCGGCAUGGACAAUGUCCACGUCAAGGGCGAGAACUUCUACCGCACCGGCAAGAAGCUCAAGGUCCUGAACAUGCGGACCAAGGGCAACAAGCCCCAGCGCAACGCCGACGGCAAGAUCACCCAGGCCGGCGCCUACCAGUCCAGGGACAUCCCCGUCGCCCGCGUCGAGCCCAACCGCAAGUGGUUCACCAACACCCGUGUCAUCUCCCAGGACAGCUUGGCCGCCUUCCGCGACGCCAUGGCCGAGAAGGCCAAGGACCCCUACCAGGUCCUGCUCAAGAGCAACAAGCUGCCCAUGAGCCUCAUCCGCGACGGCUCCGACACCAACGGGCUUAAGCAGCACAAGGCCAAGAUGACCAUCGAGACCUCGUCCUUCGCCGACACCUUUGGCCCCAAGUCCCAGCGCAAGCGCGUCAAGCUCGGCGUUGGCAGCAUCGACGACCUGGCCGAGGACUCGGAGAAGAGCAUGGACAAGUACAAGGACAAGCUCGAGCAGAACAGGCUGCUGAGCGGCAACUCGGGUGCCGAUGCCGACAUCGCCGGCGACAUGCAGGACGAGGAGCAGGACCCCUUGUCCAUGGCCAUCGAGCCCGUCUUCAACAAGGGACAGAGCAAGCGUAUCUACAACGAGCUCUACAAGGUCAUGGACAGCAGUGACGUCGUCAUCCACGUCCUCGACGCCAGAGACCCCCUGGGCACUCGCUGUCGUAGUGUCGAGAAAUACUUGAGGGAAGAGGCGCCGCACAAGCACUUGAUCUUCGUGCUCAACAAGUGCGACCUGGUACCGACCUCAGUUGCCGCUGCUUGGGUGAGGACUCUGUCCAAGGAAUACCCCACGCUGGCAAUGCACAGCUCCAUCACAAACUCUUUCGGAAAGGGUUCCCUGAUCCAGUUGCUGCGUCAAUUCUCGGGCCUGCACAAGGACCGCAAGCAGAUCUCCGUCGGUCUCGUUGGGUAUCCCAACGUUGGUAAGAGCUCCAUCAUCAAUACCCUCAGAGCGAAGAAGGUGUGCAACGUUGCUCCCAUUCCCGGCGAGACCAAGGUCUGGCAGUACGUCACAUUGAUGAAGCGUAUCUACCUGAUCGACUGUCCUGGUGUCGUGCCGCCGAAUCAGAACGACACCCCUCAAGAUAUUCUCAUGCGCGGUGUCGUCCGUGUCGAAAAGGUCGACAACCCAGAGCAGUACAUCCCCGGUAUUCUGGCCAAGGUCAAGACUCAUCACAUGGAACGUACAUAUGAGCUCAAGGGCUGGACCGACCACAUGAACUUCCUUGAGCUCAUGGCUAGAAAGGCUGGCCGUCUCCUCAAGGGUGGUGAGCCCGACGUAGACGGAAUCGCAAAGAUGGUCUUGAACGACUUCAUGCGUGGCAAGAUCCCCUGGUUUACCCCGGCCCCCGUCGCCGAGGGUGAGGAAGGGAACGUCAAAGAAGGCCGAGAAGGCAGACUAGGAGAAAUGCCGCGGAAGAGAAAGAGGGAAGAUGGCGAGAGCGUCGCGGACACCUCUGUCGCUAUCUCCGAGGAUGCGGAUGAAGACGUGUCGGAAGACGACGAAGACGAUGAGGAGGAUGGCGACUUUGAGGGCUUUGAUGACGAUAGUGACAGCGACAGCGAUGACGAAGCUAUCUCCAAAGCCAAGCAGGCUGCCGCAGCAAAGUCGGGCGGGAUCGAGAGCGAAGAUAUGAUACCCCUAGACGCAUCAAGCGAUGAAGAAGGAGACGAAACAUGA